AUGGGCAUCUAUGAAUACCUUAGUCUCCGGAUUCUUCCCAAGACUAAACCCAUCUUGUCGGAAGUGCUAAAGCACAAGGACACAAGAGCCAUUUUCAACUUCCUAUUGCUAAAUGCCGGCUUCAUGGUGAUUCAGUUCCUUUACUCAUUUAGGUCUAAAUCGCUUGGACUUCUUUCAGACUCGCUCCACAUGCUACUAGACUGUUUAUCGUUAGCCUUGGGGUUGGUCGCGGGGGUCAUUUCCAAAUCUGAAAUUGAUCCUCAUGGGAAAUACCCGUUUGGCUGGCAGAACCUAGAAAUCUUGGCCGGGUUCACAAAUGGUACAUUGUUGAUGGGGAUAAGUGGGUCGAUCUUGUUUGAAGCGAUAGGGAGGUUGGUCAACCCUGUGGAGUUGCAAAAGACCAACGAGUUGAUUGUUGUGUCAGUUUUGGGCCUUUUGGUCAAUUUGGUGGGCAUAUUUGCAUUCAACCAUGGACACAGCCAUGGACACAGCCAUGGACAUUCGCAUUCACUGCAUUCACAUUCACAGUCACACUCGCACUCGCACUCGCACUCGCACUCGCACACGCAUUCUUCACCCGAGGCCUGUAACGGUGACGGUGCAGUUGAGGAUGACGACGAACUCAACGACAACAUGAGAGGUAUAUUCUUGCACAUCUUAGCUGACGCAUUGGGCUCAAUUGGAGUGGUGAUAUCUACUAUCCUCACCAAGAUCUUCCACUGGCAAGGCUUUGACCCCUUGGCCUCAGUGGUUAUCGCCUUGAUGAUCUUCACUUCGGCCGUCCCAUUGAUCAAAUCGACGGCGUCGACUUUGCUUCUAUCCAUCUCCAAGAAACAAGAAUCAAUGAUACGAACCACACUACACGAAGUAUCAACGAUCAAGGGAAUCAAGUCCAUCACAAUCCCAAGGUUCUGGCCUAGUCACAAGCGAGGAAAGCUUUGCGGCUACAUCCAUGUGCAAAUCUACCGUGGUGAAAACUCCUCCUUCAUCAAGCGACAAACCGAAAAGCUUUUUGAAGUCAACGAGUUUGACUCCGUCAUGAUCCAAGUGGAAAACGACUACGAUGACUGCUGGUGUAGGAAAAGCUAG